AUGACCCACACAAACCAUUUUGGUCUUCAAUUUUAUGAGCCACCCAAGUUCCAUCCACCUCCAACCUCACCGUCGCCCGUCAAACCCCCUACACACAACCCGCCAAAAUGGAGAACGAGAAGGGAGAGAUCGUCGAUCUGUACUAAUAUCGCCAACAGCUACGUGCCCCGCAAGUGCAGCGCCACCAACCGCAUCAUCAAGGCCAACGACCACGCCUCCGUCCAGAUCUCCGUCGGCAAGGUUGACGAGAACGGUCGCUACACUGGCGAGAACAACACCUACGCUCUGUGCGGUUUCAUCCGUGCCCGUGGUGAGAGUGAUGACUCCUUCAACCGCCUCGCUCAGCGUGACGGAUACCUGAAGAACGUCUGGUCUGCCUCCAGCCAGCGGUAA